AUCGUUGUUUUUGUCCAACAUAACAGCUUGCCUGUUGCAUGAACCUAAGCUCUUCCACUGCGCAUCUGUCCACCCGUUGCUGGUCUCCCCCCAUCUGUCCGCUUUUGCUGUCCCCCUUGCUCCAUGCACAGCACGAAUGCCGGAUGCCAGCUCAGCACAUUAGCAUUCCUGGACUGCACCUGUUAUUCCAAGCUGCCCGAACGUAGAAGCCGCUUGCUUCAGCCUUUUGCCGGUUAGGGUUAGUGAGUUACCGUGUUUAUUCACCAGCCGUCCCGGUUUCGGUGUCUUUAAUCACUUCCAGUGCUACGCAAUUUGGAAGGUAGGAUCGCGUUUCCGAGUGAUCAGACCCUCUAGAUCCUCCCUCUUUUUCCCCUAACGGGAUUUGUACUUUUCAGCAUUUUGAUUGGACCGAUUCACCAUCGAAGUUUUUCCGUCAGCAACUAGCUUGCGACCUGCCUGCCUUUCUGUGUGCCUGCGCGCAUCCUAGAACGGACAAUUAUUGAGUCGACCCAAAGAUCACCUCUGUGCGUGCGUGCCUCCGAGAACGGACGAUUAGUCAAGCCUGCUUCCGCUCGCCUUUUCGUCAUCGCAAUCCGUCCCCUCAUCGCGGUGUUUACCACGUCGCACUCCAGGAAUCAACACAGCUGUUGCGCUUAGCUAAACGUCAGUCGCCGCACUUAUCGCCAGCAUACCCGUCAGAACUCUCUCGCUGACGCACGUUUCGUCUAAGGCUCGUUCCACAACGCCCUUAAUUACCUCAAUAACAGCCUUCGUUUGCUCUCAGAACGCUCCUCCUCGACGUUCUUAGCCAUGCGAAACCCUAAUCGCUUGCGGCCUAUCUGACCGUCAAGCUGGCGUCUCCGCGCUUCCCGGAUCAUGAGUCCGGGCUUGCCGCUUGCUGAUCCGCACGGCAGCGGCGGCGGCGGCCUUGGAGGCGGCGGACCAGGUACCGCAACUCCCGGCGCGAUUCCCAGCGCAAUUUCCGGCGCCGGAAACGGCGGUUUUGGCUCGGAAGCGGGCGCUCUGGAGCAGCACGACGGGAAUCAAGCAGCGGCUGCGGCGGCUGCGGCUGCGGCUGCUGCUGCUGCUGCUGCGGCGGCGGCGGCUGCUGGUGGAUGGAUGUUGCUCCCGCCAGCCGGCUCUCUCCAUAAUCACGCCGCGCUAUUAUCACCAGCUGCAGCGUCCGUGCAGCACAACCACCUGCUCGCUUCGUUAAAAUCAAUCGCGGGUAUUCCAGGAUUUUCGCCAGUCAGCGCAUCUCAGCCGUCCAUCUCCCUAUCGCACGGCCACGUGCCGUUCGCGUCUCCUUACCCAGGCAAUUCUGCGGCUCUGAUCCCGUUUCUCCCCCCUGGUGCCCAUCAUCCAAUCAGCAGCCUCCACAUCAGCGGCGCCGCACCAGGGUUGAAUCCUAGCACAUUAGGUAACCCGCUAUUCGCAUCUUUAGGAGGCUCUGGCGCCGCGUCCCCGUCCGGCUCGGCUUUAAUCCCCAUGCAAGCCCCUGUCAUGCCCACGCACCCCGGCUUCCCAACCAACGGUUUCGUCUCGUCUCAUUUCGACCCUGCAGCCGCCGCUGCCGCCGCCGCAGCCGCCGCCGCCGCCGCUGCUGCAGCCGCGACAUACCCGCAGCCGGUUUCCGCAUCUCUCCCCGUCGCGGGGGGCGUUUCCGCCGCCGCCGCAAACGGCGCGGGCGGUUUGAUCCCCGCUGCUGCCAUCCCCGCUUCCGCCGCCUCCGCUUCCGCCGUCGCCGCCGCCGCAGCAGCAGCAGCGGGGCGGCUCAGUGCCGUCAAGGACCCGCUCGGCUAUGCUGCUAUGCUCAGGUCGCGUGGGAAAGUAAACGAGGCGCUCGCUAUAUACGAGGCGAUUAUAGCGGAGAGAUUAGGAGCAGCUGUGACUAUGACGAGGGGAAAUGGAACGGGUAGUGGCGUGGGGGCGAUAGGAGGGGUAGCGGGCGCGGGGGAGGGGGAGGGGGAGCGGGAGGGGCGGGCGCCGGGGGGCCGCGGCAGCAGCAACGGCGGAAGCGCUGGUGGGGAAGGGGCAGUGUCUGCAGGCGCAGGGGAAGCUGAGCGCGGCUUUUGAGGCGUACGUGUCCGCGCUACAGCUGAACCCGACGCAUGCUGUAGCGCUGACGCAGUGCGGAGUGCUGUAUAAAGAGGAGGGGCACUUGCUAGAG